UUUUUCUUGCAUUGAAAUCAUGUCCGAAACUCCGAAUGCACCAUGCAAAAAUAUGGUUACAUUACAAACAAAUGAUAUUAUGACCAAAAGAAAAGAUUUCUAUCAUUAGGAGACCAGGAGAAAUCAAGAGGCCCAAGUAUAUUUUGGGCUUUAAAAGCCUGGUUCAGGACUAAUUUUAAAUUCAUCACAGAAGUUUCGAAUUAGAAACACGUCACAGAACUGACAGAUUUCAAACGGGUUGGGUCGGGUCGUGUCGGGUCAGAAAAGAAUCCAUCAACUUUGCGCGGUAACCCGGAUAUUCCAAAAGUGAAGGGAGCAAAAACAAAAUUCAAAACAAAUAAUAUAAUUUAGAGAGAGCCGCAUUUUUGGAUCAAACGCCCACACCACACGACGUGCCUCCAAUAAACUCUUUAGUCUUUAUCAUCAAUCACUAAAUUCAAAAAGGUCAUGGCGACCUGUUACAAAUUAUUCCUUUCAAUUUUUAUUAAUUUUCCCGGGAAAAUACACAGAGAGAUAGAGGACCUCCAUUAAUUUUCUUUUAACCUUGACAUCGUCAAUUUUAUAAUUCCGUAAUGGCACGCAUUCUUCUCUUUGUAAACCCUCCAUUUUUCUUGUUUUGUAAUUAGAAAAAUCUUUGUUCAGAUUUAAAUUAGUUGUUUCCACUUGCAGAACAGAGUAAAAUAAAAUUUCUUUUGCUUCCUGUUGUGUUUUUUUUUUUUGGUUUGAUUAGUCAAUUGUUUUCUGAGAGUUGUUUUAAUCAAUUGAUGAAUAAGGAGGUUUACUUUCAUUAGAGAGAGAGAGAGAGACGAUAACUCUGCUUCUGUGAAGUGAUUUUAGAAGCAGAGUUAUUCGCUGAAACAGAGAAGGCGAAGAAUCAGAAUCAGAAGAAGAAGAAGAAGAAGGAAUGUCAGAUUCGCCGAGUUCUUCUCCACCAGCACCGUCUGCUGAUUCCGCUCCGCCGCCGGAUAGCUCGACCGGCGGAUCCGCCCCUCCACCUACGGAUUCGGCACCACCUCCUGGCCCGCCGGCUGAUUCAUCUCCUCCGCCAGUUGUCUCAUCCCCUCCUCCGCCGCCUGAUUCAUCUCCUCCUCCGCUUGUUGAUUUAACCCCGCCGCCAAGUUCUUCACCUCCACCCCCUCCGGCAGAUGCUCCACCGCCGGUUCCCAUUGUGUUACCUCCACCUCCACCUUCACCGGUAGACUCACCGCCGCCGGAGUCCACCAACUCCCCUCCACCUCCGGAGGUGUUUGAACCACCACCGCCUCCUCCCAAUGCAGAAAGCCCUCCUGCUCCUCCGCCUCCGGAACAAUUACCUCCUCCAGCGUCUUCACCGCAAGCUGGACCCAAAACACCGGAAAAACACCCUCCGGGACCUACAAAAUCUCCUUCAGCACCCGCCAUAUCUCCUCCAGCUCCUCCAAACGCCCCGCCGCAUAACACUUCUCACGCAUUACCACCUAAGUCUACCGCUGCAGGUGGACCGCCAUCUAGAGGAGUCCCGUCACCUCCAAAUGGCUAUCAAGGGAAGACUAUGGUCGGUUUUGCAGUAGCCGGUUUCGCAGUCAUUGCCUUGAUGGCUGUUGUGUUCUUAGUCAGAAGAAAGAAAAAGAGAAACAUUGAUGCAUACAGUGACUCACAAUACUUGCCUCCUUCAAACUUCUCCAUCAAAUCAGAUGGAUUCUUAUACGGUCAAAAUUCUACAAAGGUAUACUCUGGUCCUGGUGGUUACAAUUCACAACAACAAUCAAAUUCCGGAAAUAGCUUCGGCAGCCAACGAGGAGGAGGUUAUACACGGUCAGGGAGUGCGCCUGAUUCAGCGGUGAUGGGAAGUGGUCAGACACAUUUCACCUAUGAAGAGCUAACAGAUAUAACAGAAGGAUUUUCUAAGCAAAACAUACUUGGAGAAGGAGGGUUUGGUUGUGUCUACAAAGGUAAACUAAAUGAUGGAAAACUUGUUGCCGUUAAGCAGCUUAAGGUUGGUAGCGGACAAGGUGACCGUGAGUUUAAGGCAGAGGUUGAGAUCAUUAGCCGUGUUCAUCAUCGCCAUUUGGUUUCUCUUGUUGGCUACUGCAUUGCGGAUUCAGAGAGAUUGCUUAUCUAUGAGUAUGUUCCUAACCAAACCUUGGAGCAUCAUUUGCAUGGGAAGGGAAGGCCUGUCCUUGAAUGGGCUAGGAGAGUUAGGAUUGCUAUAGGUUCUGCCAAAGGUUUGGCGUAUUUGCACGAAGACUGUCACCCAAAAAUCAUUCACAGGGACAUAAAGUCCGCAAACAUCUUGCUGGACGAUGAGUUUGAAGCUCAGGUUGCUGACUUCGGACUUGCCAAACUCAAUGAUUCAACCCAAACUCAUGUAUCAACUCGCGUUAUGGGAACCUUUGGGUACUUGGCACCCGAAUAUGCACAAAGUGGAAAGCUGACUGAUAGAUCAGAUGUUUUCUCGUUUGGGGUUGUUCUCUUAGAGCUUAUAACCGGACGCAAACCAGUUGACCAGUACCAGCCUUUGGGAGAAGAGAGUUUGGUUGAAUGGGCUCGUCCACUGCUUCACAAAGCCAUUGAGACUGGCGAUUUCAGCGAACUAGUUGACAGGCGGCUUGAAAAGCAUUACGUGGAGAAUGAAGUUUUCAGAAUGAUUGAAACAGCUGCUGCUUGUGUUAGGCAUUCUGGUCCAAAACGUCCACGCAUGGUUCAGGUUGUGAGAGCACUGGAUAGUGAAGGGGACAUGGGAGAUAUCAGCAACGGAAACAAAGUGGGACAAAGCAGUGCUUAUGACUCUGGUCAGUAUAACAAUGACACCAUGAAGUUCAGGAAAAUGGCGUUUGGUUUUGACGAUAGCUCGGAUUCCGGGAUGUACAGUGGAGAGUACUUUGCCCAAGGCUCCCGGAAAGGAUCCAACGGAGCUUCCUCUGAGUUCACGAGGAAUGAAUCCGAGAACCGAAACUUCAAUAACCGGCGCUUCUGAUCCAAAAAUAGGUCAACUUAUACCUUAUUAUCCCUCAUGCUUGAGCUCUUUGUACAGCAUUAAUGCUCUCUUUGUACCUUUUUUUGUGUGAGAUACUUUUCUUGCUAGCUACAUUUAGUUUUGCUCCAUAAUGGCCAUUUGCCUGAAAAGACUUAUUAUAGGUGAGAACAGAAAAAAGCAACCAAAAAGGAAAAAGGACUCAUAAUAGUUCUCAAAGAGUGAUUUUGAAUCUGAAUUGUUUGCUUUUGUUUGUUUCUCUUUGUUGAGUUUCGGAUUUUUGUUGAGUGUGAUAACAUAAAUGAAGAACUCCAUCUUCUGAUUUUUUUUACA